AUGGCGACCAAAAAGAAACGUAACACAACAGGGAAUACCUCAUCAACAGAUAAUCCGCCCACGAAGUCCUCUUUGCAGAGAUUCUUCACGGAGCAAUCAGAGCCGCACCAAGUGAACAAAAUGGCGCCUGCGACUAAUACACGAGGUAGCCAGCCUUCAAGCCCAGCAACAUCAGAGGGCUCAAUGGACGAUACUGACAUCAGGGCAAUACUUACACAACUGCCCUCAAAGAAAGACCUCAUAGAAAUGUUCCAGAGGCUGGAGAACACCUUCAGCGAAAAAUUACAGGCAGUCAAUGCAGAUGUCCAGCAUCUGAGAACCAGAGUACAGGCCCUGGAGGACUCUGAAGAAGCUACUGAACGACUGUGGUUAGAAUGCCACACCACACAAAACCAACACACAGAUGCCAUAAUGUAUCUCCAAAGAAAACUGGACGAUUUAGAUAACAGGGGGAGGCGGAAUAAUUUGAGAGUGAGGGGAAUCGUGGAAAGCCCAGAGGGCACUACUGAGAACCCUAUCAAGGUACUGACUACCCUCUUUAAUUUGAUCCUCACUAGACCUGCUGACACAGCGAUCCAAUUUGACAGGGCACUCAGAGCGCACGGCCCAGGAAUUUACCACCGGAUAAGCCCCGCGAUCUUAUAUGCCGCAUAAUUUCCCUCUGAAAGAGGAAAUAUUCCACAAGGCCCGACAAAACAGAGACAUAAAAUUCGAGGGGCACCCAGUGGCCGUCUUCCAGGACCUCUCACCCUCCACUCUACAGGCCAGGCGGGCGCUGAAACCAAUUACCUCAGCCCUACUCGAGAAGCAGAUCAAAUUCCGAUGGAACUUUCCGUUUGCCCUCUCAGUAUCGACUCAAAGUGGAAUUAAAACUAUAUCCACACCGAUGGACUCCCAGACUUCCAGCAGGCACUGGGCCUUCCCAGCAUAG